ACACCACUGCCAAGAAAAUUUGGAAAGCCUUGCAGAACAAAUAUGACACUGAAGAGGCAGGCACAAAAAAUAUGCGGCAAGUCAUUUUUUCCGCUAUCAGAUGAUAGAUGGAAAAUCAGUGGUGGAGCAAGUUCAAGAUUUUCAGAUGUUAGUAGCUGAAGUUAGAUCUGAAGGCAUCAAAAUUGGAGACAAUCUUGUUGUAGCAGGUAUUGUUGACAAACUUCCAUCAUCUUGGAGGGAGUUCCAGAAGUCAAUGCGUUACAAGCAAAAUGAGACGUCCUUGGAGACUCUAAUCACACGGAUUCGGGUGGAGGAGGAAGCACGAGGACAAGAUGCGCUUAUGACACAAGAGCAUUCCACUGCAAAGAAGGGUGGUGGGCAGACUCUGGUGCCAAUAGGCAUGUCUGCUAUGAUAAAGAUUGGUUCAAAGAUUUCACUCCUUUUAAUGAGGAGAAGACUGUUAUGCUUGGUGACUCUAGUUUAACCAAGGUACUCGGGUGUGGGGAUGUUGAGCUGAAUUUUACCUCUGGACGCGUGCUUGUUUUAAAAGAUGUGUUGUACACACCAUCCAUGAGGAAAAAUUUGAUGUCGAGUUAUUUGCUCAAUAAAGCUGGUUUUAAGCAGACUAUCGAAUCUGACCAAUAUGUAAUCACUAAAAAAGGCAUAUUUGUGGGAAAAGGGUAUGCCUGUGAUGGAAUGUUUAAAUUAAAUGUUGAGA